AAACGAUCCAUCCUCACCACCAUUCGACUCCACAGCUGGAGGCUGAAGCUCCGCAGUCACAGCAUUCAAAUCAAUCUCUCUCUUUCUCUCUCUCUCUCUCACAGGAGGUAAGCCAUGGCAGAGUUGCCUUUGGCAGCGGGGCUGAUGGACCUUCGCAACUGCAAGCUCUCUCCGAAGCCAGCGCCGCCCUUGCCACUCCCCGCGCUCCGCCGCAUGCACACAAGCGCCACGGCUACGACGGCCCCGUCCCCGCGCCAUGCGGUCCCCGAACUCCACUCCACUACCGAGCUGGCGGACGGGAGCAUCGUCUUCCGUUUCGGCCAUCCUAAGUCCAAGGCGCUGGAGCCGGAGCCGGCGAGCGUAAAGACCAGCCCUUACUCCAGAGUUGCCCCUGCCUCGGGCGCUGUGCCCGGCAGCCAGAUGGAGCCGGAGAUUGACUCUGAACAUGGAUUAGACGGCGUGCGAAUAGGCACCACGGCUGGGGUUGAGAAGCCGAGCCCGAAUGCCGCAGCCGAGGCCUGGCCGACACCUCCACCUCCUGACGCCGGCGCGGUAACCGGUGCCACUUCCGCUGCGCUAGAGGAGGCGCCGGAGCAGGAGGCGGGUUCCAAUGCUGCCGUUGAGGAGGUGGACACCAGGCCAUCAUCCGCAGAGUCUCUUGUCCCGUCGAGAUCAGAGGAUGGGCCAAAGGGCGACGGCGUCGCUGUUGAGGCUGGCAUGCCGACCAGUGGUGCUGCCAUGGAUACGAUUGAGACUGCUUUGGAGGGGCGCGGGGCAAGCGAGGAUGACUCAGCAGUUGAUGUGAGUGGUGGCUUGGAUGAGGCGGCGACUUCCGGUUUGGAGGACUCCGAAGCCGCAUCGGAAGGCUCCACUGCACAGGAUUUCUACACCGACGUUGAAACGGAGUCCAGCGGCUCCAGCAGCGACGAGCAGAGAGCUGAGUUCGGCUUUUCCUUACCACCACCGGAACAAGUUAGCAACAAGGCGGAUUGGAAAAAUGACACUUCAGAGGUGAAGAGUUCUGAUAGGAUGAUUCCAAUAGCUCAACGGACACGUGUGUUAUCGUCAGGUGCUGCAAUAUUGCCUCAUCCGUCAAAGGUAGCAACAGGUGGAGAAGAUGCAUAUUUCAUUGCAGCCAAUGGCUGGUUUGGUGUAGCAGAUGGAGUUGGCCAGUGGUCAUUUGAAGGAAUCAACGCAGGGCUUUAUGCAAGAGAACUAAUGGAUGGCUGCAAAAAGUUCGUUACCGAGAAUCAAGGGGAUCCAGAUCUUAGACCAGAGCAGAUCCUUUCCAAAGCAGUAGAUGAAGCAUGUUCACCUGGUUCUUGCACUGUAUUAGUUGCUCAUUUUGAUGGCCAGGCCCUUCAAGCAUCAAAUAUUGGGGACUCUGGGUUUAUAGUGAUAAGAAAUGGAGAAGUGUUCAAAAAGUCUAAACCUACGCUUUAUGGUUUCAAUUUCCCACUACAAAUUCAGAAGGGAGAUGACCCCUCAAAGUUUGUACAGAAUUAUGCUAUUGAUCUAGAGGACGGCGAUGCAAUUGUGACAGCAACCGAUGGCCUUUUUGAUAAUGUAUACGAGCAUGAAAUAGCUGGAAUUGUCUCCAAAUCGUUACAGGCAGAUCUAGAACCAGCGGAGAUUGCGGAACACUUGGCUGUGAAGGCCCAGGAAGUAGGGAGGUCUGGGGCUGGGAGAAGCCCAUUUUCAGAUGCUGCUCUCUCGGCUGGGUACCUUGGCUACAGUGGGGGCAAACUGGAUGACAUAGCCGUCGUUGUAUCAAUUGUCCGGACUGAAAUUCAAGAGGAUAGGCUAAGAUGACUAUGCAGAAAAGAAGCUCAUGUUUUGUGGAAGCUCAACACCAAGCGACCACGCGGGUUGCCCUAUCAGUAUUCUGUACUGCUAGAACUGCAGCUAUGUGGCGAUUUCUGGAAAGUUAAGGGCGUAUGCAUCAGCAUCAUACACCGUGCUCGAUCAUCAAUAGGCGGGCCAAUAACCAUUGGACAUCAGCAUUGUAGCGAAGCCCCUUCCUGUUGCCCUUGCCAGUGCACCGGCGCCACAUUUUGAUUUUUGGUUUCGCUAUAAAAAUAUAAGGCAUUUAGAUGUUGCCCUUGCCAUUAAACCAAUGUCAUGUACUCCUUCUGUCAUAAAUUAAAAUUCGUUUUGGUUUCUAAUGGAUUCAUAUAAUACUUA